AACGCUACUUGAGGGACUGGACCUUGACUUUGGCAAUUGGCACUUGGGCAAAGGAUUGAAAUUGCCAAGCAAUGCGCCUUUGCCCAGCGGGCCAGUGAAGAAAGAAUGGUGCAGUGCUUCAGGAAGAUGCGUUGUCAACAGGGAUAGCUUUUCGCGCUCUCAAGUGUCAAUUUGUUGAGCUGUUGUGAUUGCUCAGCAGCGUUGGUGCAGUAAGGCCGCGCAUGUUUCUGUGAAACAUCAACCGUUUGUGGGCUCAAAGCACAGUCUGCCUGGGCAUGUGAAGCACAACGCUUUGGACAUGGCGCUGCCCAUGCGGGAAGAUGUGGAUUCCUUGAGAAUUUUCCAGCGGCUUUUGGAGAAGGAGAGAGGACUUGCUUCCAGGUGGAGAAAGCAGGUGGACCACUCGGCCUGGAUGGACCCCCAGCUCUCCCAUCAUGAGAGCCGACUGAAGCCUGGAGAUGGUGUACGAAUGAGCUUAAGCAGGAGCCAUCCUGGACUUACUGGAGCCAGUGGCACGGUGCUUUGCAUCGACGCUCCCAGCGAGGGUGGCCUGGUGACUGUAAAACUGACACCAGCCCACUCUAAGCCAAAGAAGUUGAAAGUCCAGCCAUGGCUGCUUCUACAAGGCAGAAAUACCAGUGGUGAUUUUCCCAUGGACCUCACGGAGCGACCGAAGGACGGCAGACACGCGCCGCAGUUUCUGAAUAAGAAGCUUCCGAAGUCGGCGUUCUCUGCGACCCGUUGACCUCCGUUGGCAGGCUCACCAACAAGCCUGCCAGUGUCAACCAUCGACACAACAGGUUGCACAACAGGUUUCACCUAAUGCGAGCAGCCGCUUCUAGAGCUUCGGCAGCCCCGUUUGAGCCCGCUGGUUUGGAGCAAGAGAAACGGCCGUGGCCAGAGAAUCACAACAGGAGGAUUGGUGCAGGUGUCUGGACUUUAAUUUGCGUCACUGACUGUAAGUGGCUGGAAACCGGUUGGAAUUGACUUGCGGAGCUUGUAGCCUUUUGGCCUUCAA